CACUAUCUUCUUCUGUUCCCGAUCACGACCCGAACCAAUGCCAAACCCAAACCCAAACCCAAACCCAAAUCCAAUCCCCGCCAUGGAUCCGACAGAGCACCUCCCACUCGCUCUCGUCCCAUCGGAGCCGAUACCUUCCGCCCCGACUAGUUCCUCACCACCCGGAUCCACCAUCGACUUCGCCCCCGACUUCUCAGGCUACUCAUGGGUGGCCUACGCGGCCUCCUCUCUUCUUGUCAUCUCCCAUUUCCCCUCCCCUCUGUCCCCCGAAGAAACCCUAAUCGGCCCCAUCUUCCGCCAGGUGUUCGAACCCUCCGCCUCAGAACUCGCUGCCGUCUCUUGGUCCCCGGCGACGCCCUCCACGGGCCAGCUCGCCGCCGCCGCGGAGAAUUGUGUCUGGCUGUUCGAGCAUGACUCUGCGAGGUUCGAAGGUUCUUUUUGUUGGAGCCAGAAUGCAGUGCUUGUACAAUCCACGAAGGUGGAGGCAAUCAAAUGGACGGGCUGUGGGGAUGGGAUAAUUGCCGGUGGGAUCGAGGUGGUUUUAUGGAGAAACAACAACAGGUCAUGGGAAAUAGCUUGGAAGCUUAAAGCAGAGCGUCCUCAGACUCUUGUUUCCGCAGCAUGGUCCAUCGAGGGACCUUUGGCCACUGCAGCUUAUCCUAGUGAGCUGCAGAUUGAAGGAUCAAUGGCUGAUGCGGCCAGCAAAUGCGUGUUGGUAUGCUGUAGUAGUGGAAAAUCUGAUUAUGUGAAAUCUGAGCUACGUCAUCCUCUGCCCGUGUCAAUGAUUCAAUGGAGGCCGUCACCAGGAAGACAAUUGAUCAAAGAUGCGAAACAUUCACCAAGAGAUGUUCUGCUAACAUGCUGCUUAGAUGGAACAGUAAGGUUGUGGUGUGAGGUUGAUAGUGGAAAGGUCAGAAAAAUGGGCAAGGACAUCAACAAUCACGAAACCACGAGGCGUUCUUUUUGUGUGGUUGCUGUAAUUGAGGUUAGCCAGGCCUUAAAUGGAACUCUGGGCAUGGAUUUAUUUGUGUUGUGGGCCACAGAAAUUGGGAGCCUUCUCAGAACUGGUGAUGGAGUUAACCAAGUUUUCUCGACAGAAGGAUCUGAGCAUGAAAAGACAGGCAGAUGUGAGUGGUUAGUCGGGUUUGGUCCGGGAAUGUUGGUACAUUUUUGGGCUAUCCACUGCCUUGAUGACAUAGCCCCAAUGCGGUUCCCCCGAGUUACGUUAUGGAAGAGACAAGAACUGCAGGGCCUCGAAGUGGGAUCAAAUUUUGAAGGCAGAUUACUUCUUAAUAAAUUUGUUAUGUCGAGGAACCACUUGUCUGGUCCACCGAUUAUGUGUUCUUUGAUUCACUUAUUGCCUUCUGAUUCUUUAAUUUGGUCAUUGUUAUAUACGAAAACAUCAAAUAAUAUAGACGAUUCAUCACUUAAUAAAUCCAGGCCAGAUAACUAUUUAUCAUGUUCUGCCGCUGGAAUUUUGAAUUUAGGUGGUCAUGCUGGAAAAAUCUUACAAGUUGCUGUGCAUCCUUAUAGCUGUGAAGUUGAACUCACUGUUUCUUUGGAUUCUAAUGGAUUGCUUCUUUUUUGGUCACUCUCCACCAUUUCCAACUGCAUUGUGGGUCGUCCAUCGCUGAUUCCAACAUGGAAACGUUUUGGAAAAUUUGCAACUCAAGAUUCAUGUUCCAAAUAUACGUGCUUAAGGUGGGCACCUUCAGUAUUGGAGGAAGAACUGGUUCUUUUUAUGGGACAUGUUGGAGGAAUUGAUUGCUUCAUAGUUAAAAUUUGCCAAAAUGAAGAAGAAAAUAUAGAAUGUCACUACUUAUUCACUAUACCUUUCACUGGUUGUGGUCCAUAUGAGGACGGUCCCACAAAUAUCUUUUCAAUUCCUUUGUCUUCCACUUGUAAUAAAACCUUCAAGUAUAAUAAAUUUAUGCUUUUGGGGAUAUGGAUGAAGGGGUUCCAGGCUUUAUCAUGGGAAGUGACCUUGCAUUCUUUUGAUUUAUCCGUAAGCUGCUGUGAAUGUAAUUUUGACACUACAGAUGCUGCAGCAGGCAGCACGUGGAAAUUUGAAGGUGUUUUUGGUAGCAAAAGAUAUUGUCUUGGUGUUAUUCCUUGCUCAUCAUAUCUGCCAGAUCCUCAUUCCCAUGAUCAGGUUACAAGUUUUGCUGUGGUCUGUCCAGGUACUCUGACUCUUAAACAACAAAAGCUGGCAUCAAGCAAUGAUCUGUGUGGUAGUUACCCUGCAUAUAUCAUGGCCACUGGCUGCUUUGAUGGUAGUUUGAAACUGUGGAGAAGUAUCCCUGGUAAACCCUCAACUCCUCACGUGCCAUGGGAGCUUGUGGGUAUGUUUAUUGCACAUCAAGGCCCCAUUAGUGCUAUAUGCUUGACCGAUUAUGGUCAGAAGAUUGCAACCGUGUGUGCGGAACGUCAUUCAAAUACUGUCAGCACCCUUCAUAUAUGGCAUUCUGUACACCUUAAAGGUGCGGGGACUUUUAUGUUAGAAGAUACAUUAUUCGUUGACAAAGAUGUUGUUGCUUUAAAUUGGUUAGCUUUAGGAAAUGGUCAGUUAUUACUUGGAGUUUGCAUGCAGAAUGAGUUGCAAGUAUAUGCACCAAGGCCUUGUGGUGGUCAGACUUUGUUGAACUUUGAAAAAUCUUUUAAAAUGGACAUAUGGGUUUGCAUUGCAUUUGCUCAUACCUUCUGUCCCAUUCAUGACUUCCUUUGGGGACCCAGAGCUGCAGCUGUGGUUAUUCAUGAUAAUUACUUCAGUGUAUCUAGUCAGUGGUUGUUCCAUGUAUGUAAAAAACAUAAGGCUACGUUCCAUCUGAAUUAUACCACGGAUAUUUGCCUUUAUUGUGAUGGUGGAACAAAUGAGGACAUUCUUCCUGCAGUUUUCAGAGAAUCAUCAAUUGAACAUUGUAGUGGUGAAUGCAAGUCUAAUAAGAAGAGUGAUUACCUGUCCAGCAGUUUGUUUGUAGCAGGGGCUCAAUCGAAAUGCGAUUCAGGUUCCAAGCUUGGUUUAUGGAGCCUGCCAGAAGUAGUGGAGAGGUUUAGUGGAUGUGUGCCUAGCUAUCACCCUGAAGUGCUACUUAUGAAUAUAUAUUCAGGCAAUUGGAAACGGGCAUAUGCAGCUGUGAGGCAUCUUGUUGAGUGUCUUGCUUCUAGUUCUGCUUCUAAGAUGGAAAAUAUCUCUGCCAAGUCUAGCCACAUUAUCCCACAAAUCCUUUUGUCAAAUUAUUUUGAUGGAAUUCUCUUGAAAAAUUCAACUGUUAAAGGAUUUCAAUGGAGUGGAGAUUUGACUGGAACAUCGUCACAGUUUCAGAGCAGCAUGAAUUAUGAGCCCAUUGCUUCCAAUAUAAUGUUCCCUUCCUCUUCCACAACAUCUGAACUUAACGGGUUUGGUGAGCCGCUUGAGAACUUGUAUCAAUUAGCAGCUUUAACCAACACGCAGAAGACGCAAAUUCUUGCAAUUAUAGAUCUUCUUGGUGAAGUUAGUAUUCCACACAUUUCUACCUAUGAAAGUCUUGAUGAACCUGGGCGAAGGUUUUGGGUGGCAUUGAGGUUUCAGCAGUUACAUUUUUCCCGAAGGUUUUGUAGAUCAGCAUCAAUAAAUGAGUUGGUUGUUGACUCCAGGUUGAUUGUAUGGGCCUACCACUCUGAUUGUCAGGAAAAUUUAUUUGGUGCUGUUUUACCUAAUGAAUCGUCUUGGCAAGAAAUGCGGGCUAUGGGAGUUGGAUUUUGGUUUACUAAUACAACACAGUUGCGUGCGCGGAUGGAGAAACUGGCAAGAUUUCAAUAUCUGAAGAACAAAGACCCUAAGGAUUGUGCACUGUUAUAUAUAGCAUUGAAUAGGCUUCAAGUAUUGGCUGCUCUUUUCAAAAUCAGCAAGGAUGAGAAGGAUAAGCCGUUGGUGGCUUUUCUUGCACGUAAUUUUCAGGAGGAGAAAAAUAAGGCAGCUGCUUUGAAGAAUGCUUAUGUUUUAAUGAGCAGACAUCAGCUAGAACUGGCCAUUGCUUUCUUUCUUCUUGGAGGUGAUACUUAUUCUGCUCUCAGUGUUUGCGCAAAGAACCUUGGAGAUGAACAGCUUGCACUAGUAAUUGCUCUGCUUGUUGAGGGACGUGGUGGCCCAUUACAGCAUUAUGUAAUAACAAAGUAUUUGCUUCCAUCCACCAUUGAGAAAGGCGACCACUGGCUAGCAAGCCUUCUGGAGUGGGAACUGGGGAAUCACUUGCAAUCAUUUUUUAGCAUCCUUGGUUUCCAGGUUGAUCCUGCUACUGAAAAAUCUGCACUUUCAUCCAAAAAUGUUGCUUUUUUGGAUCCAAAUAUUGGUCUUUAUUGCCAAACACUAGCCAACAAAAGUAGCAUGAGAAAUGCCGUAGGGGAGCAAAAUACCGCAGUUCUGGGUAGGUGGGCAACUGUGAUGACAGCUACUGCUUUAAAACGAUGUGGGCUUCCUCUCGAGGCUUUAGAGUGCCUUUCAUCACCCCUGGGCAUUCUUGGGAGUACAGAUGAAGAUAGUUGGUCAGAUGAUGUUGGACAUUUUGAAAUUCUACAUAGGAUUCUAAAGCCUUCUCGACGAUAUUCCUCUAACUGGCUUUCUAGGGAUGUAGCUUUUCAUCUGGAGUACCAUGAUAAAUUGGAUUUGGCAUUUCCGUACUUCUCAAAAUUGAUGAGAGAGCAUCCAAGUUGGCCAGACACCAUUGUAGGAUCUGUUGGAGCUUGUACUUGCUCAAAGGAGAAUAAUGUUCAUGAAUACAAGAAAUUACUCGAAAACUUUCGGCAUAAGUUGUGUAUAGGUCUCUCACAGUUUGAGCAGAGGUUUUCCUUGGUUCCUGCCUGUCUGAUUAGCAUGGCCGCACUACGCAAUCAUGGGUUCUUGUUUAUCAGAUAUGAUAUGUUGCACGGUUGUAAGCCUCAAGUUGAGUCACAAAAUGAGAGUAAUACAGUUGAUGGUUUCCUCUUAUGUCCUCCUCUGCAUGAGCCACUUUUGAAGUCUACCAAAGAAAUUUCCCUUUUAUUUUCACGGUUUAUUGCUGCCUGCAGUAUAACUUGCUCUCAGCCGAAGUCCUGUUAUACUGAGAAUGACAUAUCUGCUGAAAGUAGAUCUACGCAGUUAGAUGGGUACUUCUUUGAAGGUCUUUUACCGUCAUUGUGGACUUUAAGAGCUACUUUGAGAAUUAUUUCUGACUUUGUCGCUGAAGAUCUCAUCAUGAAACUCCUUAUUGUUCUUGAUUUAUUUGAGUUUUAUGUACAUUUUGCAUCUGCUUGGCUUCAAAAAAACUCAAGAGUUCUCCUUCUGAUGGUGCAACCCCUCUUGAUCACUCAUACCAAUGGGCAUACUCCUUAUGAAGUUGAUAUAAUGGAUUUGAAGAAACUCCUUCCCCAGAUUGCAGAGUUGGUGGCUCAAAAUCGAUCAAUAGAUGACAAAGGAGAGGGUUUUCAGGCUUCAAAUAAUGUGCAAAAUAAACAAGCUGGAGAUGUAAUCCAUUCAAUACCAGAAGAUGAAAGAUGGCAAAUUAUUGGCACUUGUUUGUGGCAACACAUGUCCAGAUUCAUGAAACAGAAGUUAGAUUUGGUGUCCGAUAAGUUUGAAGAUGAAUGUUUCCCUGGUGUUUCCCUUGGAAUACUUUCUUCCACAGCAUCUAGAUCCACGAAUUUGGAAUCUGAUGGCAACAGUGUAACUCGGGAGAUCAGGCUGGUCUCAUUGAGCUUGGCAAAGUUACUGAAGACCACAGUUACACAUCUUUCUUCUUAUCAUGUAAAACAACUUGCAUCAUUUCUAUGGCAGAAAGUAGAGAAUGGAUUGCAGGUAGCGACUCUUCUGUGGUUAAAAGAAUCUAGUGAGCCUCAACCCGGAGCCCUUUAUCGGGGUACUGUAAAUAUUGACAUCCUUAAAAACAAAGAUAAAUCUUCAAUUUCUGAAAUACUUUGGGAUAUCUGCGCUGAUUCUAAGAUAAUAUCUGAAGGCUUUGCAAAUGGAGAAGUAAAUUUGUCACAUUUUUUCAAUCAUAAACCCUCUAAAGCAUGGGGUGAUAAAUAUAUUGGUCUGGGAGUACAUGAAACAGAGGAAUCUUAUAUGUAUGACAGCAUGCAUAACGGUAGUUUUGCCACUAGCGAAGCUGGAUCACCUGCUAGAAGUCUGUUUCGAAAUGGCCCCACUUUUUUAAGUUCCUGGCGGAAAGACACAACGUAUACAAAGGAGAUUACAACUUUCCAACAGCCUAAAGAAAUAUAUAAGAGAAACGGGGAGCUUUUGGAGGCUUUGUGUAUCAACUCUAUUGAUCAAAGGCAAGCUGCACUUGCCAGCAAUCGAAAGGGCAUAAUAUUCUUUAAUUGGGAAGAUGGGAUGUCUUUCAGUGAUCAGUCAGACUAUAUCUGGUCAGAAGCUGAUUGGCCACAGAAUGGGUGGGCUGGUUCUGAGUCGACCCCAGUUCCAACAUGUGUAUCUCCUGGUGUUGGUCUGGGGAGCGAGAAAUGGUCACACCUUGGGUUGGGUGGAGCAACUGUUGGUGUGGGCUCUUUGGCAAGGCCUGGCAGGGACUUGAAGGGUGGUGGAGCAUUUGGGAUUCCAGGUUAUGCUGGUAUUGGUGCCGCUGGCUUAGGUUGGGAGAUUCAACAGGACUUUGAGGAGAUUGUUGAUCCACUGCCUACCAUUGAGAAUAUAAGCACAAGAGCUUUCUCAAGUCACCCCUCUAGGCCUUUCUUCUUGGUGGGUUCUAGUAAUACACACAUUUACUUAUGGGAGUUCGGUAAAGAUAAAGCUACUGCAACUUAUGGAGUUUUGCCUGCUGCAAAUGUACCCCCACCAUAUGCUCUUGCAUCAAUAUCAGCUUUGCAGUUUGACUACUGUGGACAAAGAUUUGCUACCGCUGCCGUAGACGGAACUGUAAGCACGUGGCAGCUGGAGGUAGGAGGAAGGAGUAACAUCCGUCCAACAGAAUCAUCACUCUGCUUCAACGGCCACGCAUCGGAUGUUGCUUAUAUUUCUAGCGGAUCAAUCAUUGCUGCUGCUGGAAAUAGCUCCAACAGUGUUAAUGUGGUUAUAUGGGAUACAUUAGCUCCACCUUCAACCUCUCGAGCUUCCAUUAUUUGUCAUGAAGGUGGUGCUCGCUCCCUUUCUGUGUUUGAUAAUGACAUAGGAAGUGGUUCUGUUUCUCCUCUUAUUGUGACUGGCGGUAAAGGUGGCGAUGUUGGACUCCAUGACUUCCGGUACAUUGCUACUGGUAGGACUAAAAGGCACAGGCACACUGAUAAUGGUGAACCAAGCAUUAGCCUGUCUUCAAGUUCUGACAUGCAGAUAGGGGUUGCUAAGAAUGUCGGAGACCAGAAUCGAAAUGGGAUGCUUUGGUAUAUACCGAAGGCUCACUUAGGGAGUAUCACCAAAAUAUCUACCAUCCCAAAUACUAGUCUGUUCUUAACGGGAAGCAAAGAUGGAGAUGUUAAACUUUGGGAUGCCAAAAGAGCCCAGUUAGUACAUCAGUGGUCGAAAUUGCAUGAAAGACACACCUUUUUGCAACCCAGUUCUCGAGGCUUUGGUGGAGUUGUUCGGGCUGCUGUUACAGAUAUACAAGUUUUUUCUCAUGGUUUUCUUACAUGCGGUGGAGAUGGCACUGUAAAGAUGGUAGAGCUCAGAUAGUAGCAAUCACAAAAAUGUGGCACGUGUCAGUUACAAACGGCUGAUGGAGAACCAUUUUUGCACAAGGAAAAUAUGUGAACUUUUCAUUCCAUGAAGUGGUUAGUGGGGAAAUUAAGCUUGGUGCAAUUUUCCACGUUGCUCAUUCUGCUGCUUGUUAUUAGCAUCAUAUCCAUGUGGUGAGCGACGACGCAUACAUCUUGUACAAUUCACCCGACCUAUCGUGAGGUUCCUUCCAUCAGGAAGUGGAGAACUUCUUCCCUUUCAGGCAAACCCCUCCAUGUCUCCCAGCUCAAGGUUUUUGACUGGAUGAAAGCAGUGGAAAUAAAUUCCACUGUAGUAAUUCAUGUAGCCCCUUCUGGAUCCAACAAAAAAAAUAUCUUUCCUGUUCUAUGACCAAACUGAAAGGGAAUAAAUCUUCAAUGGACUGUGAUAAGGAAAGAUAACCAAUCAGGUUGCUUGGCUGGAAUGAAGGCAUUUGUUGAGUAUAUACUGCUUCUUCUCGUGACUCUUCAUGUUGUGGUCACCGAGCUAACAAGCAUGAACAGGAGUUCCAAUUUUUGUAUACAAUUUUUGCGUGUAUAGGCAUGAAGAAACUUUUUUUCUUUUUUAAAGAAAAAAAAAAAAAAGUAAAGAAAAGAAAAAGUUUCUUCUGUGGUCCAAAUUUGUUGGAUUCUUUAAUCAGUGAAUUAAAUUUACAUUUGCGAUUGUCUCAAAA